GGUUUCUCAUGCUACCCUCCUUUGUUCUUUUCUUAGUGGUCACUUCCAAUUCCGUGAAAAAAUAACAAGGCCUUGAAAACAAGAGGUCACCACCACUGGCUGGGUUUUUGGAGAUUUUCUGCCAAAAAUGCAGGUUCAUAUAUCACCAAGCUUGAGGCAUGUCACAGUACUUCCUGGAAAAGGUGUUAGGGAAUAUAUCAAAGUGAAGGUUGCAUCCAGACGGGUUUCCUAUAGAAUGCUGUUUUACUCUCUUCUCUUCUUCACAUUCCUUCUGAGGUUUGUUUUUGUGUUGACAAAAGUUGAUAGCAUUGAAGGAGAAACCAAGUGCUCUACCAUAGGUUGCCUGGGAAAAAAAAUAGGACCAAGGAUCUUGAGAAGGACUGAAUCAAAAGUCCCAGACAUCAUGUACAAAAUUUUGGAAGAACCCAUGAGCAAAGAUGAAUUGAAAGGAAGAUCUGAUAUUCCUCAGUCCUUAGAAGAAUUCAUGGCUGAAGUAAAGGAUGACAGAUUAGAUGCUAAGGCCUUCUCUCUCAGGCUCAGAGAAAUGGUGACCCUGCUUGAGCUGAGGACUAGGACAGCUAAGAUCCAGGAGUACUUGUACCGCCAUGUAGCAUCAAGUAGCAUCCCAAAACAGCUACAUUGCUUGGCACUUAAGUUAGCCAAUGAACAUUCCACCAAUGCGGCUGCCCGCCUCCAGCUCCCUUCCCCGGAACUUGUCCCAGCCCUUGUAGAUAACACCUACUUCCACUUCGUCCUUGCGUCGGACAAUGUUCUGGCUGCUGCAGUCGUGGCCAAGUCGCUUGUGAAAAAUGCAUUACGCCGGGAGAAGUUUGUUCUCCACAUAAUAACAGACAAGAAAACUUACUCACCUAUGCAGGCUUGGUUUUCACUGCAUUCUUUAUCGCCUGCUAUAAUUGAGGUUAAGGCAUUGCACCAUUUUGAUUGGUUUUCAAAGGGAAAGGUGCCGGUUUUGGAGGCAAUGGAGAAAGAUCAACGAGUGAGGGCACAGUUCAGGGGAGGAUCAUCAGCCAUUGUGGCAAAUAACAGUGAAAAGCCUUAUGUAAUUGCAGCGAAGCUACAAGCACUUAGUCCUAAGUAUAACUCUCUCAUGAAUCACAUCCGCAUACAUUUACCGGAGUUGUUUCCUAGCUUGAACAAGAUAGUGUUCCUAGAUGAUGACAUUGUGGUGCAGACUGAUCUCUCGCCUCUAUGGGACAUUGACAUGAAUGGAAAGGUCAAUGGAGCAGUAGAAACAUGCAGGGGAGAAGACAAAUUUGUGAUGUCAAAGAGAUUCAAGAGCUAUCUGAACUUUUCCCAUCCUUUAAUUGCAAAGAAUUUUGAUCCUAAUGAAUGUGCAUGGGCUUAUGGAAUGAACAUUUUUGAUCUAGAGGCUUGGAGGAAGACCAACAUAAGCCAUACAUACCAUUAUUGGCUUGAAGAGAACUUGAAAUCAGACCUGAGUUUGUGGCAGCUAGGGACAUUACCACCUGGACUAAUAGCAUUCCAUGGUCAUGUUCAUGUUAUUGAUCCAUUUUGGCACAUGCUGGGGCUUGGAUACCAAGACAACACAAGUUUUGCAGAUGCUGAGAGUGCUGGUGUCAUCCAUUUCAAUGGAAGAGCAAAGCCUUGGCUAGACAUUGCCUUCCCGGAACUCCGGCCAUUGUGGGCUAAAUACAUUGAUUUCUCUGAUAAAUUUAUCAAGAGUUGUCAUAUUAGGGCAUCUUGAAAAGGAUUUUGAGGGAUUAAUGUUUGGACCAUACUGAUGAUAAAGAGAUCUGUUUGCAUAUGGAAAAGAAGAACAGAGGAGAGAGGGAGAGAAGCAACUUUGCAAAUUCAAAGCACUCAUUUACAGGAUUUGAAAAUGAAAACAGCAUCAAGCUGUUGAUUCUCUGCCCUUUCUCUGCCCUUUGAAACUCCUUUCUUCCUCUGCCUUUUUUCUUCAUACCUUUUUUUUCUUCAUACCUUCCUUUCUUUGUGUAAAGAGAAGUUACUAGUAAUUAUACUAUUUUCUUUAUAUGUGAUGAUUCCUUGAAUAAUAGAAUAACUUUCAC